AAUUUACCAUAUACAUCUAAAAUUAAAAAGAACAAAUUUAUUAAUUAUGCUACAAUCAUACCAAAUUAAUAUUUAUGCCUUGUGUUGUAAUACUACUCUAUAAUGAAUAAUAGUGAUAAAUAUUUCAUCAGUUACAAUUUAGUGAUUGUUGAGUACAUAUAUAUUUCUAUACCAUAACUUUAGUACUUACAUAAUAAAAUAAUAAUUAAAAAUCGAUUAGAUGUUAUUCUAUUAGAAAAACCGUAGAAAUACUAUGAUUUUUUGCUCAAGGCGUUAGAACAGGUAAAAAAAAUGUUGUUCAAAGCACUUACUAAAGUGCGACCCAUGUGUGGCUUGCAUUGUUCUCCAAACUCUAUGUUCAACAAAUAUAUACACAAUUCUAGUACAAACAGUGAACAAAAAAAGAGAAUACGUUCUACUGUAUAUUAUCUUUCUUCAUUAGGAGUAUUAACGGUCGGCCUAAGUUAUGCGGCUGUGCCAUUGUACAAAAUGUUUUGUCAGGCAUUCAGUUAUGGUGGAACACUUAAUCAUAAUAUAGAAGAUUCUAAAGUAGAAACAAUGAAGCCUAAUAGAAACCGAGAGAUUAAAGUUCAUUUCACUGCUGAUACAUCGUCCAGUAUGCAAUGGAGCUUUAAACCUCUUCAGAAUGAAAUCAGAGUAGCACCAGGUGAAACUGCAUUAGCAUUCUAUACAGCUAAAAAUCCAUUAGAUAAGCCAAUUACAGGUAUCAGCACCUACAAUGUUGUGCCUUUUGAAGCAGGACAAUAUUUUAAUAAAAUACAAUGUUUUUGUUUUGAAGAACAACAAUUAAAUCCAAAUGAAGAAGUUGAUAUGCCAGUAUUUUUUUUUAUUGAUCCCGAGUAUACAACUGAUCCAAAAAUGGAGAACAUUGAUGAUAUAACACUGUCCUAUACAUUCUUUGAAGCCAAACAAGGCAUGGAUUUAUCAAAUAUUUUCAAACACUGAUACUACACAUAUUUAUCAUAUUUAUGAUUUUGUUAGUAAAUAUUGUUAAUACAAUUGUUUAUACGCUUUAGUUUUACUUGUUUGGUAUAAAAAAAAAAAAUGUAUAAUAUA